AUGCAGUUUCUCUUCCGUUGUUUCUUCUUAGCACUUUCAAUCGUAUUAUUACUUAUUCUCUUUUACGAAAUCAGCGUAAAAGAAAGAGUUUAUGAUGAAGCCGAAUUGCACAAAGAUGAAGCGUGGUGGAAUGAAUCCUACGACUACAAAAUUGAGUACAGAAAAUAUGCUAUACAUCCGUUGGCUAACUCGCUACUAAUCGCUUUGAAACGACAAAGCAAAGCGAACGCGUCAUAUGGCAUACAAGAAACGUGGGCGUUACCGCCAUUUGGACCACUUCGAGAAAACAUUUUGAUAGCACCCGAUUACGAUCUGGCAACGUGCCAAAUUGAGAAGGUAAUGACUACUGUUCGUGACGCGAUUUUUUGCUAUCUUGACGAUCCAAUCGAAUUCAUAAUAAACAAUCGGACGAUAUCUUCGGGAACCUGGAACGAGAGUUUUUGCGGUUGGUCCAACUAUCGUUCGAACAUCGAUGACGUUGAGAGAGAAAUGGGAAGGAAGUAUAAACGUUUCGCUUUGAUUCGCAAUCCAUUCGAGAGAUUUCUCAGCGGAUAUGUUGACAAAUGCCUCAAUGAGGACAACUUUUCGCCGCAAGUUCGUUGUCUUGCUUGCGGAUUCAGCAUGCGAUGUUUUGUCGAAAGGCUUUUUCAUUUACUAUAUGGCAUGUAUUACAAUCGAACUUACCUUGCCAGGGAAAUCUGGUACGUGGCAAGACACUUUGCUCCGCAAAGCUGGCAGUGCAAUUUCAAAAAGCAACUUAGCACAUAUGAUCUGAUUGUGUAUCCCGAGUCAGCCAACCAGAAAUUGCUUAUCGCCAAAGAAAUUGACAGAGUACUCAGGAAAUCAAAUGUUCCCAAAGGGAUUCGCGCUUAUAUUAAAAAUGAAACGAUAAAAGGACGAUCUCCUCAUUCGACAUUGAGAACUCGAGCUCGGAAUAGAAUAAGAAAAUCGAUAGCACCUAACUACGACCUGGCAACAUGCCAAAUUGAGAAGGUAAUGACAACUAUUCGUGAUGCAAUUUUCUGUUAUCUACGCGAUCCAAUCGGAUUCAAAGCACAUGAUCGACGGAUAUCGUCAGAAUCAUGGAGCGAGAGGCAGUGCAAUUUCAAAAAGCAGCUUAGCACAUAUGACUUGAUUGUGUAUCCCGAAUCAUCGAACCAGGAAUUGCUUAUUGCAGAAGAAUUUGACAGGGUGCUUAGGAAAUCAGGUGUUCCUAAACGAAUUCGGGCUGAUAUUAAGAGAGAAGUGAUAAAUGAUAAGGGAUACCCGGAACGGACUCAAGGAGGGGAUGCGAUCGACUACGAACAACAGAGCAGCUUUCGAGCAAUACCAUGUUCGAAAAGAGAGAACGAGGACAUGACACGAGCUGGAGGUCAGCGGCGUCCUUGA